AUGGAUAAUAAUACAUUAACAUCAACAACAGAUAUAGAUUCAUUUGUUGAUAGUCAACCGAUGAAUGAUGCAGAAUUAACAAAAUUUCAUGAAUCAAUACUACAAAUGUUUCGUUCAGAGAAAAUUGGACCAAAAAUGCAUUUGAUAUUGUACUUAUUGAUUAUUUACCUGCUAUAUUUGAAGCAACAAGACGAUAAUGAUCUUUCUUUAUCAACGGAUGUAAAUACAACAACUCAAUCUAGUCAAUUAUUAACUCCAACUAGUCUUAUAUCAUCAUCAUCUACAAUAAAUCAUGCUAAUACACCAAUACGAUCACGUACAAAUAGUAUAACAAGUAAUUCAAGUAUUCUCGCGAAUGCUGCUAAUCUUCUUACCGAUGGACCAAAUGAAUAUUCAUAUCUUGAUUCAACUAAAGUAAAUGCAUUUAUAAAUGAAAUUAAUAAUAAUAAUAAUACUAAACUUGAUGAUAUUAUUAUAUCACCAUCAAAAUUAAUACGUAAACGACGUUUAAGUAUUGAAUAUCCAUUUCCAUGUCUUGUUGAACAAGCUAAAAAACAACGAAUGAUACCAAAAAAAUUACGUGAACAAUUAUUAAAACAUAAUUUAUUAUUACGACCACCAUCACCUGAAUAUGAAUUUUUACCAUUUGAUAAUACAAAUGAUUUAACAAAUAAUAUCAAUGAUUUUAUUUUACCAAAUUCAUCAAAUAAUAAUUUAAAUGAUUUAAUCAUAUCAAAUUCAUCGUUAAUAUUAAAACGACAACGUGCAAUUGAUUUUCGUCAUUUACAAACAAAUAUGAAACAAAUUAUAUUUAAACAUUUUGAAACAAAUAAAAAUAUAUUUUUUAGUGAAGUUUAUUCAACUAUACAUCAAGAUGAUAAUCAACAAAUAUCAUCAUCUGAUAUUGGAAUUUGUUUUGCUGCUUUACUUAAUAAUUCUCCAAUUUUAUAUUCAUAUUAUCGCAGUUCAUGUUCAUAUCGGGUUCGAAUUGCAUUGAAUUUGAAAAAUAUUCCUUAUAUAAUUCAUCCAGUUAAUCUUCUUAAAGGGGAAACAUCAACGGAUGAACAUAAAAAGCUCAAUCCAAAAUGUGAAGUUCCAGUACUUAUUAUUGGUGGAAAAACAUUUCUACAAUCACUUCCUAUAAUUGAAUAUAUUGAUGAAACACAUCAAGUUAAACCUCGACUUUUACCGGAAGAUCCUUAUCAACGUUACCAGGCUCGUUUGAUUAGUGAAAUCAUUGCAUCUGGUAUUCAGCCGUUGCAAAAUUUAACUGUUCUUAAACGUGUUGGUGACGAAAAAAAAGGUGAAUGGGCACAUCAUUUUAUUAAAGUAGGACUCGAUGCGGUAGAAAAAGCUCUUGAAGAAUCAGCAGGGCAAUAUUGCGUAGGUGAUCAAAUUUCAAUAGCUGAUUGUUGUCUUGUACCUCAACUUUAUAAUGCACGACGAUUUAAAGUUGAUUUAACUCCAUAUCCUAUUAUGACAGCUAUUGAAGAAAGAUUAAAUGAACUUCCUGCAUUCAAAGAAGCACAUCCAAAUUGUCAAUCUGAUUGUCCUGAAGAAGAAAAACUUAAAUCUUAA